CUACAACUUCAACAUCUCAGAGGUCAGCACCGUACCGCACUCAAGUAUAUGGUGUAAUAUUUAACAGCAUUACAGCAAGAAAUAAUUGAGCAGGAAAAUAGUGGGGUUUUCUCUGUUCUAUGCUCCGUCCAUUUACAGAGAUUGAGAUGGAGAACCAUGAAAGGGGAAAUCAAAAGCAUGAUGAGGAAGAUAAUGAUAAUCAAUACAAGGUGGUUCACUGCCUCAUAUUGCCAUAUCCAGCCCAGGGCCACAUAAACCCCAUGCUUCAAUUCUCCAAGCGAUUAGAAGCCAAAGGAGUGAAGAUCACCAUAGCUGUAACCAAGUUCUUGUUAGCAACCCUGCAGGACCUCUCAAGCACCCACCUCUCCAUUGAAACCAUCUCCGACGGCUUCGACGAGGGCGUCCCUUCUCAUACCCGGAGCAGUCAAGCUUACAUCGAUAAAUUCCGACAAGUCGGCUCCGAGACGUUGGCGCAAGUUCUCCGUCGCCUCCGUGUUGGGCGGUUUCCGGUCAGCUGCGUCGUCUAUGACGCGUUUUUGCCAUGGGUUUUGGACGUGGCGGUCGAGGAGGGAGUUUCCGGUGGCUGUUUCUUUACGCAGUCGUGUGCGGUGGAUGCGAUUUACUAUUACACACAGCAGGGGCGGCUAAAACUUCCUCUUGCCGACGAUGAAGUGGUUGAAAUUCCGGGGUUGCCAUGUUUGGAGCCCAAAGACAUGCCGUCUUUUAUAUAUUCUCCUGAAUCAUACCCCUUCGUCUUGGAUUUGCUAGUGGACCAAUUCUGCAAUGUUGAGAAGGCCGACUGGAUCCUCAUCAACACUUUUUACGAGCUGGAGCGCGAGGUAAUUGAUUGGAUGCGGAAGUUAUGGGUGGUUGGGGCAAUUGGGCCAACUAUACCAUCAAAGUACCUAGACAAUCGAUUGCCAGAUGACAAAGAGUACGGUUUGAGCGUGUUCAAACCGAUGACAGAAGUUUGCAUGAAAUGGCUGGACGACCGACAAGAUGGUUCAGUUGUUUAUGUUUCGUUUGGAAGCAUGGUGGGAUUGCAAGAAGAGCAAAUGGAGGAAUUGGCGUGGGCUCUUAGGAGGAGCAACAGACCCUUCUUGUGGGUAGUUAGAUCCGAGGAAGCUAAUAAGCUUCCUAAGAAUUUCGCGGAGGAGAUAGAGGAGGAGAAGAGAGGAUUGGUGGUGUCGUGGUGCCCGCAAUUGCAAGUCUUGACUCACUACGCGGUGGGAUGUUUUCUGACGCAUUGCGGGUGGAACUCGACAUUGGAAGCAAUAAGUUUAGGGGUUCCAAUGAUAGCAAUGCCUCAAUGGUCGGACCAAACCACUAAUUCGAAACUCGUGAUGGACAAGUGGAAAACUGGGGUUAAGGCAAAGGCUGAGGAGAAUGGUGUGGUGAAGAGGGAGGAGAUUGAGGAGUGUAUGAGGCGAGUGAUGGAGGAUGAAGAGAUGAGAGCAAAUACCAAAAAAUGGAAGCAAAUUUGCAGAGAGGCGGUGGAGGAAGGUGGCACUUCUGACCGUGAUAUUCAAGACUUUGUUUCUUCUUUGGCAGCCAAAUCCAUGACGGAAUAAUCUCACCGAUUGAGAUAUGUAAAACAGUCUCACAGGAAAUCGGUCAUUUAAAUAAUUGCACUCUAUGAGUCAUGUUUGAUAUGUGAAUAUUUAAGAUGCUUAUUCAAAU